AUGCCCGGUUUCAAGCAAGCCACCGACCUGGACGCGUGGAAGCAGCUUCAGCAGCACCAUGCUACCGUCGGCAAGAGCAUUGUGCUGAAGGAGGAGUUCGAGAAGGACCCCAGCCGCUUCGAGAAAUUCAGCCGCACCUUCACCAACACCGUCGACGGCAAAGAUAUUCUCUUCGACUUCUCCAAGAACUUCAUUACCGAGGAGACCCUGGACCUCCUCGUCAAGCUCGCUCAAGAAGCUAACCUAGAGCAGCUUCGUGAUGCCAUGUUCAAAGGUGAACACAUCAACUUCACAGAGGACCGAGCUGUGUACCACGCUGCGUUGCGCAAUGUCAGCAACGAGCCUCUCCAGGUUGAUGGCAAGAGCGUCGUGGAAGGCGUCAACACCGUCUUGGAACACAUGAAGGAGUUCUCCGAGCAAGUUCGCAGUGGUGAGUGGAAAGGAUACACUGGCAAGAGCAUCAGGACGAUCAUCAACAUCGGCAUUGGUGGCUCUGAUCUCGGUCCUGUUAUGGUCACCGAGGCUUUGAAGCCAUAUGGACACCCUAACUUGAAACUGCACUUUGUUUCCAACAUCGAUGGCACUCACAUUGCUGAGGCCUUGAAGGAAUCUGACCCCGAAACUACCCUCUUCUUGAUUGCCUCCAAGACUUUCACAACCGCUGAGACCACCACCAACGCCAACUCGGCUAAGAAGUGGUUCCUUGAGAAGGCCAAAGAUGAAUCUCAGAUUGCCAAGCACUUCGUCGCUUUGUCGACAAAUGAAGCCGAGGUCACCAAGUUCGGUAUUGAUAAGAAGAACAUGUUUGAAUUCGAGUCCUGGGUCGGUGGACGCUACUCCGUCUGGAGCGCCAUCGGUCUCUCUGUUGCUCUGUACAUUGGCUACGACAACUUCCACCAGUUCUUGGCUGGUGCUCACGCAUUGGACAAGCACUUCCGCGAGGCGCCGUUGAAGGAGAACAUUCCCGUCCUUGCCGGUCUCUUGAGUGUCUGGUACAGCGAUUUCUUUGGUGCCCAAACUCACUUGGUCGCUCCUUUCGACCAGUACCUUCACCGCUUCCCUGCCUACCUCCAGCAAUUGUCCAUGGAGAGCAACGGAAAGGCCAUCACCCGCUCCGGAGACUACGUCAAGUACACCACGGGCCCAAUCUUGUUUGGUGAACCCGCAACCAACGCUCAGCACAGUUUCUUCCAGCUUCUCCACCAGGGCACAAAGCUCAUCCCAACCGACUUCCUUUUGGCAGUCGAAUCCCACAACCCUGUCGAAAACGGACUGCACCAGCGUAUGCUGGCUUCCAACUUCUUUGCCCAGGCUGAAGCCCUGAUGAUCGGAAAGACUCCUGAGCAGGUCAAGGCCGAGAACGCCCCUGAUGACUUGGUUCCUCACAAGACCUUCCUUGGAAACCGACCAACAACCUCCAUCCUUGCACAAAAGAUUACACCAGCCUCUCUGGGUGCUCUCAUUGCUUUCUACGAGCACUUGACAUUCACCGAGGGAGCCAUUUGGAACAUCAACUCUUUCGACCAGUGGGGUGUCGAGCUUGGCAAGGUUCUUGCUAAGAAGAUCCAGAAGGAACUCGAGACUGCUGGCGAGGGCGGUGCACACGAUGCUUCCACCGCGGGUCUCAUCAAGGCUUUCAAGGCCAAGGCCAAUCUUGCUAAGCUGACGCCACAGUCCCACUUAUUGCUUCUACUGCUUUCCGGCGGAGGAGUGUUGGCUGAUUCUCGAGAUGUCGGCGGAGAUUCAGGUGAACAUAUAAGAGACAAUCUCGGUCGACUACAAUAUAUCCCGUUCCCAACAUGUAACGAAACAUCUCUUCCUCUAGCCCUCCGGUACGGAGUCACCGAGACCAUUUCCUGCACCAUCAACUCUCUGCCAGACGAGUUAUACCACUUAUUAGAAUACUACGUCCAUUCCGAUGCGCCUCUUACAUGUCGCGUGCCCACAAUCCCACUAAGCGGUGCAGGUGGCGGCGACAGCAGCAGCAGCAGUGACUCCAGCCCAGAAUACCAAGUAGUCGAUGUCGCCGGCGACGACAAUAGCAAUGGACCACCAUACACGCCUCUCACAAUCGCAUUGCAGGGCACACUCCAACUCAGCCAUUUGCAUAUUUGGACGGACAUGAACGUAUUAAUGCAUCGGUUGAGUUCGGUCGAGUCUCCGAGAAAAGAAACCACCUCUUCUUCUUCGAAAAAGCACCUAUCUCCCGGCUAUGUAGUAGCUGGAACAGCAUACUCGCUUCCUGAGCUGCAUUCCCAGCCUGACAUCAACAAAAAAACAUCACUCUCCCAAGAGGAAGAAGACGCAGCCAUGAUCGAAAACGCGCGCAAUCCCUGGACCGCCGGCCACGGCUCGAAAGUUAUCCGCGGCGAGCCUCUAACGCUGAAAUUCAGAGUCAGCUGGGUGUCUGGCGCGGAUAGUUUGGGAUGGCUAGACCAGAUCCCGCCCCAACACGUCGGGGGGCAGGCCGUGACUGUUUUGGGCGUGUUCACAAAGCUGGUUUUCUUCGUAAUGGCUGCUGGGAUUGGUGCGCUUUUUGCAUCUUAUUACCAGAGGGUGGUGCGGAGGGGUGGUGCGGCUGGAUGGCGAGGGGAUGGAAUACUCGGUCGUCCCAUGAAGAAUGGUGCGCGUCGGGGAAGUGGUGUUACUUAUGGGAAUAGUGGGAGGUCGAAUGGGUAUGGAGGAUUCACUGUGACGACGACGACUGGAAACGGAGGUGGAUAUGGAUAUGGGGCAUAUGGAAAGAAGGAUUAG